AUGUCUCAAGCCCCAGUAUUCUCCCAAACCAUCCUAGGAUCCAGCACUAUCAUUUCUGCAGACGCCAAUACUCUCCUAUUACUCCUAUCAUUCCUCUCGCCCAACGAUCCAGUGCCUCUAGACCUUCUAUCUCGCGGGGCAACGCCCCGGAAACGUUGGACAGCUUAUGGAGAAAUCGAAGAGUUCAGUGCGGAGAAAAGCGGUCUUUCUCCAGAGUUGUCGAGUCUAUUGUCUGAUGAUUCAAGAAUAUGCGAUGCUAUUGCUGAAUUAAAGCGACGCUCUGUUGUCACGGAGUCUGAACAGAUGUAUACAGCUGACGAAGAAGUCGCAUCUCAACUUCGUGCAUCUCUAUCUGUGGAAUCUAGGACGUUUUGGAAAUACCAGGCAUUGAUUGCCACAUAUAGAGCUUUUCCCUGGAAAUAUCUUGAAUCUCUUACACCAAACACUCCCCUAUUCCUCACACGCCUCACUCACACCUUCCGCACUCUCAGCAACAACUUCCUAACUUUAACCCCACCCACCAUAACUGAUCUCGCACAAACUCUCCUCGAAGCAUCCCGCUUCCUAAACAUCCACUGGAAGCAUUUCGCAAUCUACUAA